GCAGAACCGAUUAAAGUUUUUGUUCUGGUUGAAACCCAAACGUCUCCUGAUGAUCGGCGGUUCUGACCUAACAGAACCUUUAACAUCUGGAGCAGUUCUGCUCCUUGGUUCUGGUUCUGAUGGAGAUGAGGUCCAGACCAACCUGCCUGCUUCUGGUGGAAGAACCAGAUCCAUCAUGGUGGUCCGGAUCAGUGGAACCGGGUGGCUGCAGCAGAACUGUUCUGGUCCGGCUGCUGGUGAUGAUGUCACAGGUCAAAGGUCAGAUCUGGAUUAACUCGGUUUUAGGUUUAAUGAUUAUUUUGUGAUUAUUAAUAAGUGAUCGCUGUGGUAAGAGGAGAAAACUGUAAAUAUAUUGCUGCACUUUACAGUAUGGCUAGCUCCACGGCUAACUCCACGGCUAGCUCUAUGGCUAACCCCACGGCUAGCUCCACGGCUAACUCCACGGCUAGCUCCACGGCUAGCUCCAUGACUAGCUCCACGGCUAGCACCAUGACUAGCUCCACGGCUAGCUCCAUGACUAGCUCCACGGCUAGCACCAUGACUAGCUCCACGGCUAGCUCCAUGACUAGCUCCACGGCUAGCACCAUGACUAGCUCCACGGCUAGCUCCAUGACUAGCUCCACGGCUAGCACCACGACUAGCUCCACGGCUAGCUCCACGACUAGCUCCACGGCUAGCUCCACGACUAGCUCCACGGCUAGCUCCACGGCUAGCACCAUGACUAGCUCCACGGCUAGCUCCAUGACUAGCUCCACGGCUAGCACCAUGACUGGUGUAACCUGCACAAAAUAAGGAACCCGUAUUUUAUUUUGGCG